AAACUUGGCCAUUGGCAUAGGUAUCCAGAAUUUCCCAGAAGGCCUUGCGGUGAGCCUCCCUCUGCGAGGUGCAGGGAUGUCCACAUGGAAAGCCUUCUGGUGAGUAACACUUCUCUGUUAGCAUCCAUAUAGUACCUUUACAUGGCCUACUCUGUUCCUCUGCAUCCCAUAUUAAGGGAAUUGUUUUAUCUUGGUUUGACAGCCAAUGACAGAAGGUGCCAAAAAGGGCCCCAAGUAGGGGUGUGAACGUUUAAAUGAAAUUGGGAUUGCCAACUUUAAGAAUAAAAGGAAAACAUUGAUUUGCCGUGUUAUAGCCUAACUAGAUGAUAGGCUAUAAAGGCCUGGGGAAAGUUGUGUAAUUUAAAUAAAACCAGAGAGGAAGAUGCAAACUUUAGGCAUGCAAGACAAGACAUUGUGAGAUACAGAUUACCAAGACAUGUGCACGGUUCUUUCUGCAUGCCCCCUCCUUUCUCUCCCAACCUUGCACUGGCUCACCUGCUCUUUCUCUUUAGUAAUGAUGAGAAUGUGUGUUCAGUCUUUGGUCUGUUGAAUGUAGAAUAUCCUAGCCUAUUCAUUGAUGAUAGGCCCUGCUUUAUUGAAGUUGCGAGACAUUGCAAGACAAGAAAUUGCGAGAUACAGCAUUCCAUUUUGAGAUACAGCUUUUGAUUACCGAUAGAUGAGCCUAGUGCACGGUUCUGACUCUGCCGACCUGCCUAUACUGUGCCCUCUUUCUCCAUCCCUCGCUAGCUCGCCAUGAAAGAUGUGAGUGUUUGUGUUCUCGGAAGUAUGGCAACAAAUCAGUCUCCUCUGUUCCAAAAAAUACAGAAUCUUAGAAGUUGAAGAGUCGAUUCCUAGCAGAAUCGAAUCUUGACACUCAGAAAUGGGAGUCGACACCGGGAGUCGACGUGCAAGGAGGCGAGGAAUGAAUUAUUUUGGAGUUGACUCUCCACUACUAUGUCAACAUCGUUAACAAUUGGAAAAAUGGCAGAGAAAGGCAAGCGACAGCACUAGGGGCAUUUGAAAUGAUUUCACUAUUAGAAUAAUAUCAUAAUAUUUUUUUGGGCUUUCCGGAUAGUAAAAUAAAAAAUAAAAAAACUUCAAAUGAGACUUCAUCACGCGACUCGAGAGAGCUGGUGCGCUGCGCUCUGCUUGUUUCAGCAAAAGGGUGGGGAAGGGACGAGCGAGGCACAGGGGCUGUUGUGUGUGACAGUAUAUGUGUGUGGCACGGAGGGAGAGAGACUCGCGCUAGUUAGACAAACUUGUUGCUGGCUGCCAUAGGUUAUCUAUCAUCUGGUAGUGCCUGUCUUGACUGCAUCAAAUUGUUGUAAGGAAGCUAGCUAGCUACAGUAGCCAGCUAAGUUAGUCAGCUAACUAGCUAAAGUAGCAAGGCUAAUUGAGGCUAUUUUUCGGCGCCCUUGUCUACAACAACCCCAUUCAUAUAAAACAAAAGCCUACUUGUUGGUUGGUCAUUGUAGCCUACUUAUUCUCAUUUAACCAACUUAAUUCUGUAAUUUUAAUUCCAUUUGACAUUGAUUAGAAAUCUCCCACUUUACUUGCUACACAUGGAGCCUCGUACUGUAGCGCCGCUUUGAUUGACGGUUAAUAACAACAAGCUACACUGUGAAACGUGUGUAGGUUACCGGUGCGUCUUUUUUAUGAGGUGCACUCAAAACUGUUGUUUUAAAAUGUGGAAUGUAAUAGUCUAUCCUUGUAGGCUAUGUAUCAAUGUCACAUAUACCAUUAUAUUUAAUUUUAGACAUAGCCUUUUCAUUGUUAAAAUAUACCGAUAUUUGUUUUAUUCUAAAAAAUUAAUACUAACGUCUGUUCGGAUAUUCAAAUAUUCAAAAUAACAUGCCCAUCCCUAGACAGCAGCGAAGUCCUGUAUUGCAAUAUUUUGAAAAUUGCAGUUAAUUUUUUUUUUUAUAAUUGUUUAUUUUUUGUCACAUCCCUACUCCCUAGGGUACUAACUAGGAUUCUAACUAACUCCUCAUUGUCUAUUUCCUCAGGUAUGGACAGCUCAGUGGUAUGGUAGAACCAAUUGCCGGGUUGCUAGGCGCUGUUGCCAUGGUGCUGGCGGAACCACUGUUGCCGUACGCCCUGGCCUUCGCUGCCGGGGCCAUGGUGUAUGUGGUGGUCGAUGACAUCAUCCCAGAGGCUCAACUCAGGUGAGUGGCCAUGCAGACUGAUGGAGAAUGUAGAGCGAGAGGAGGGAGAGAUGUUCUAUUAACAGUGCUCUCCCAUCGCUAAACUCAUGUCUUAGUCAAGGCUUAGCCCAUGUCCAACCCUUUAGAAAACACUUGAACAAUGUUUCCUAGUAAUACAUAAACAUACAAAGAGAGGGUGAGAGAAAAGGAAAGAGACAAUUUUUUCCCACCAUGAUUGCAAUCUCUUUGCGUGGUUGUUCAUAGCGCUCCCAUCUCUGUGACUGAGCCAGACUUGAUCAAUCGAUGUCUUUGUGUAAGUGUGAGCCGCAGGGAGGGAGAGUGGGAGAGGAGCAAAGACAAGGUCCCCCUGGAAUGUUCUGGUUUUCACAACCCUGGGCGUAUUGUUUGCUUUAAAAUUCAAGACGGGAAGCGAGCUGUCUUUUGGCUUGUCCUCUCUUCAACACCCAACGUUUUGUGUGGGUAGACUGUCACUGUGAAGUGUGUGCCUGCUGGCCUGUUUAUUGUGUGUGUGUGUGUGUGUGUGUGUGUGUGUGUGUUAGUAACCUGAGAGUUUUUCAAGUCUGUAUAUGUCAUUCUAUGUUUGUCAUUCUGUCUGUCCGUUUCUAUUUCUGCCUGUCUGUCUCUAUUUCUGUCUAUCAAUCUUAUCUUUCCAUACUCCGUUUAUGUCUCUGUGUCUCAGUGUACUGUAUAUGAUUGAAAUACUGUAUGACUACACCAACAUUGAUUAACCCUGUCCAUGUAUAUUGUCUUGAAGUGGGAAUGGUAAGUUGGCUUCCUGGACCUCCAUCCUGGGCUUUGUAGUGAUGAUGUCACUGGACGUUGGGCUGGGC